GUAUCGAUUUUGCGGAUUUUCACGUCUCUGCCACUGCCGAUCUACCCUAUUAUAAAGUGUAAACAAAUUUCCCGCGCAAUAAUUCUGCAUGUGGUCGACCUACAAGCUAGGGUUUCUGCUGAGCCACAAAUCUUGGACAACCUCAAUGGAGGUCGCUCAAAUCGCUCAUCUGCUAAGCGAGACGCUCAGCCCUGAUGGUCACGUUGUUAGAGCUUCUUCGGAAGCUCUCGAUCGCCUUUCUCAGCUCCCUGACUUCCCUUUUUCUCUCCUCUCCAUCGCCGCUGGAGGCGAAAAUUAUGGUCAAAAAGUUGCUGCUGCUACAUACCUUAAGAAUUUCACUAGGCGAAUUAUCAAUGAAGACAGCACAUUGUCCUCAAAAGUCAGUAAAGAGUUCAAGGACCAGCUCAUGCGAGCUUUGCUUCAAGUUGAACCAGCAGUUCUAAAAGUUUUGAUUGAAGCGUUUCGAGCCAUUGCUGUUGCUGAGUUCGUGAAGCAGAAUUCCUGGCCUGAACUCGUACCUGAUCUACUGGCUGCUAUUCAAAAUAGUAAUCUUUUUAGCAAUACUGCUGACUGUAAAUGGAACACCAUAAAUUCCCUUACAGUUCUUCAUGCACUGCUUCGACCUUUCCAGUACUUUUUGAAUUCUAAAGUUGCUAAGGAACCAGUGCCACCACAGCUAGAGCAGAUUGCAAAAGAAGUUCUAGUACCCUUGCUAGCCGUAUUCCAUCAUUUGGUUGAAAAGGCUGUAGCUAUCCAUGAUAGAACAGAAAUGGAAAUGGAGAAAAUCCUUCUCACUGUUUGCAAAUGCAUAUAUUUUGCUGUGAGGUCGCACAUGCCAUCUGCUUUAGCUCCUCUUUUGCCUUCUUUUUGUCGUGAUCUGAUUGCCAUUCUGGGUUCUUUGAGUUUUGAGUGUUCUGUUACCAUAGAAGAUGGAUACUUGAUGAGGCUGAAGACUGGAAAGAGAAGCUUGCUCAUUUUCUGUGCUAUCAUUAGCCGACACCGAAAGUACUCUGAUAAGUCGAUGCCAGACAUCAUCAACUGUGUUUUAAACAUAGUCAAAUAUAGCAAAAAGACCAGUGAGCUUAAUUUUUUAUCAGAGAGGAUUGUUUCCCUAGCUUUUGAUGUGAUUUCACAUGUCCUGGAGACAGGCCCAGGAUGGAGAUUAGUUUCACCUCAUUUUAACUUUCUGUUGGACUCUGCAAUCUUUCCAGCGUUAGUACUGAAUGAGAAGGAUAUUUCAGAGUGGGAAGAAGAUGCAGAGGAGUACAUACGAAAGAAUCUUCCAUCUGAUCUUGAAGAAAUUUCCGGAUGGAGGGAGGAUUUGUUUACAGCUAGAAAAAGCGCAAUGAACUUACUUGGUGUUAUUUCCAUGUCAACGGGUCCUCCAAUGGGAAAUUCUAGUAAUGGUUCUUCGGCUGCUUCAAAGCGCAAAAAAAGUGAAAAAAACAAGAGAUAUGGUCAGCGCCGUUUUAUGGGGGAGUUGUUUGUGCUUCCAUUUUUGUCAAAGUUUCCUAUUCCUUCUGAUGCAAAUGCAUACCAACCUAAAAUUUUAAAUGAUUAUUUUGGUGUUCUGAUGGCAUACGGUGGUCUACAAGAUUUUCUAAGGGUGCGAGAACCUGGAUAUAUAUCAACUCUCAUUUAUACUCGGGUGCUUCCAUUGUAUACAAUAUCUGCAUGCCUACCAUACGUGCUUGCCACUGCAAAUUGGGUACUUGGAGAGCUUGCACCCUGUCUACGAGAAGAGAUGAGUGCAGAUGUAUAUUCUUCAUUGCUCAAGGCAUUGGCCAUGCCAGAUAAGGGGGAUACUUCUUGUUAUCCUGUCAGGGUUUCUGCUGCCGGUGCAAUUGCUGCACUUCUUGAGAAUGACUAUGUGCCACCUGAGUGGUUACCUCUUCUUGAAGUUGUGAUCGGUAGGAUUGGUAAUGGAGAUGAAGAGAGCUCUCUUUUAUUUCAGCUUCUUAGUUCCACAGUGGAGGCUGUAGAUGAAAAGGUUGCAGUUCAUAUCCCAUAUAUUGUUUCAGCAUUGGUUGGUACAAUCACAAAGUUGAUACCUGGUAAUCCAGAGCCUUGGCCUCAAGUGGUUGAACGGGGCUUUGCAGCACUAGCAGUGAUGGCUCAGUCCUGGGAAAAUUUAUUUCCUGAAGAACUUGAGCAGAAUGAACUUAGUGAAAAGUGGACAUCUGGCCGAGCCACCAUUGGCAGAGCGUUCUCUGCUCUCCUACAACAUGCUUGGCUCUCACCCAUCUAUCAAUCGGAUCGGGAAGGGGAGGGUUCUAGCCCUGCAUCUUGCAUUGAUGAUUCAUCAACAUUGCUCUUGUCCAUUAUGAACUCGGUUUCUGGAAGCAAUGUUCUUCUAGAGCUUAAAGUGUCGGAGCUAUUAUUAGUUUGGGCUAAUCUAAUUUCAGACUGUUAUUCAUGGGAUGAAUCAGAGAAUUUAUCUAUUUUUGACUGCAUUAAAGAUGUUGUGAAUCUACACAGCAAAUAUGGGCUAAAGAAUUUUCUUGUAGGAAGGGCGUUGUCCCCUCCAGCUCCACCCGUGCCUCAACGUUCUAUGAUUGAAGGCAUUGGUGGUUUUGUCAGUGAGGCCAUAUCACAAUAUCCAUCUGCAACAUGGAGGGCUUGCUCAUGUGUCCAUAUACUACUUCAUGUCCCAAGUUACUCAUUUGAUGCAGAUGGUGUGAAGCAAUCAUUGGUGAUUGCUUUCAGUCGAGCAGCAUUUUGCCGUUUCAGGGCAAUUCGAAGUAACCCUUGUUCACUGUGGAAGCCGUUGUUACUUGCUAUAGCAUCAUGCUACUUAUGUUAUCCUGAUGUGGUGGAAGAAAUUUUGGGGAAGGGCGAAUGUGGUGGCUUCACAAUUUGGGCUUCUGCCCUGGGUUUUCUCCUCACUAGCUCUUAUGAAUCUGGUCUGUCAGAAAAAUCCGAGAUAAAGUUGAUUGUGAUGGCACUUGCCCAGGUGGUUGAGGAGCUGGGACUAAGGAAGCCAAGCAGUGGUGUGUUGCGCGACUGCUUUACUUCACUGUUGGAGGCAUCUGCACGGCUGAAAGAAGUUCAGGAAGAAAAUGAAGAAGCUGAGCAAGAUGAUGAAGAGGAAGACGAUGAUGACGAUGAUGAUGAUGAAAGCUCCGACUAUGAUGAGGAGUCUGAGCCCGAGGAACAAGAAGAAACUGAAGAAGAGUUUUUGGAUAGGUAUGCUAAAGCAGCUGUUGCAUUGGAAAAUGGUACAGUUAUUGAAGAGGGGGACGUAGAAGAUCAAGAACAUGAGACUGAGUUGGGUAGUUUGGAAGAGGUUGAUGAGCGAAAAGUUGUGCUGUCACUGAUUGAGAAAUACCAUCGCGCUCUCAUACAAGGACAGGCAUUACCAUUGGAGCUCAUUUCAAGGUUCCUGAACGCCUACCCUGAAUGUAGUUUAUACUUCCAGAAAUCAUGGUGAGUGGAAUUUAUUUUUUAUUUUUUAAGUUUCAUGUCAAGGUGUGUAGAGUUAAAAAGAGAGGCUCUUCGGUAAGUUUUUGGGUUUGAUUGUAAUCAGGGCUGUGAUUUGGUAUGGGAAAAUUUCUGAUCUAUUUUCUCUUUGUAAUUGUUUUGUUUGCGAUUCUAUUGAAGCAUUUGAUUAAGAAUAAUGCUAGCUAGGAACAAGCUGCAAGUAGCUAGGUACAAGCUACUUGUCUAUUUGGAGUUUAUACAAAUCAUUUCUCUUCGAUUAA